UCUUUGGACCCAACCAGAAACAAAAAAGCGACGGUCGCAGCGCGAUUGAACCAGAAGGCUUUGAUUUUCUGCCAUCAGCAACCCCUGGAAUUAGAGCUUUGAAAUCCCAGUUGGGUUAAACCCAUCUUAGGCCCAAACAAGGCCUGCACCUCAAACCUGACCCGACCCGGCAAAUCUCCCAAACCCCUAACCUUAGGUUUUAGAGCAGCCAGCCAUGGGUGCUUCCAACUCCAUCGACAGACCAGCACCAGACUCAUCAGAGGCGUCUCCCCCACCAAAGACCGAUUCAAUUCCCUCCUCCGUCUCCGUCUCCAUGUCCGAUUCGGCUUCCAAACCCCAAUCGGAAGACCAACCUCCGCCGCAGCCCCAAUCGGACACAAAACCCUCCGAAGAAGAAGCGGCGGCGGCGAAGCCCAAGGGAGACGAUGCAGUCCAAUCGGAGGAGGAGGAGGAGGAAGAUGAGGAGGAGAAGGGGGAGUGCGGGUUCUGCUUGUACAUGAAAGGCGGCGGGUGCAAAGAGAGCUUUGUAGCUUGGGAAAACUGCAUUGAAGAGGCGGAGAAGACGAACGAGGACAUUGCUCAGAAGUGCUUCGACCUCACCUCCGCUCUCAGGACGUGUAUGCUGGAACAUUCCGAUUACUACGAGCCCAUUCUCAGGGCGGAGAAGGCCGCCGAGGAGGAAGCCAUCAAGGAAUUGGACAAGGAAAAGAAGGAAGAGAAGGAGAAGGAGAAGGAGAAGGAGGUGGUUAUAGAAUUGGAGAACGAAAAGGCUCCAGCUUCUAAGGUGGAGGAGAGUUCCGGUGGGAAGCAAUAGCCGGUUAGACUAAUCGGAAAAUAGUAAUGUUGUUUUGAUCAAUUUUCACAUCUAAUUGUUAGCAAUUUUGGUGAUUGAGAAUUUCGGUAGUCUUGUUUUAGCUGAGGAUAUAAAAUCAUGUUGUUUAGUGGGAGCAAUUCAGAGACAUGAAAAAUCAAAAGUUCGAUGAUAAUAAUUUUUACUUGGAGAAACCAAUUGACAAGCUCA